CGGAGCGACGCUGCAGAGACUCCUUCGCGCCUUCGCUUCCUCGCAGGUACCUCGCUCCCUUCCUCGGCAGAGCAAGUCACCUGGAUUAAGAACAAAAAGAAACAAAACAAAGAAAAAGACAAAAAAAAAAAAAAAAAAAAACCCAAACAAAUCUUUAUUAUUUUUUUUCCUUCCCGACGCGCACUCCACCCGAUGUGAUAGAGACAAGAGAGGGGAAAGGAGAGCAGACCAAAAACAGAAGAGACAUGGGAGCGUUCAGGCUGCUGCUGGGGAGUUUACAUUACAUGGGACUCUACAUGCAACUUAGUGUCUCCACGAGGCAAGCUGGACACGGCGAGAUAGAGAACCACAUCUCUGGGAACGCCAUGUUCACAGAGGUGCCUCGUGAUGUGACUGCUCAGAGAGGUCAGGACGUGGAGAUGGCCUGCUCCUUCAGAGGGGCGGGGAUACCCUCGUAUUCACUGGAGAUCCAGUGGUGGUACAUCAGGAACCAUCUCGACUGGACGGACAGACAGCCCUGGACAACCAAUGAAGUGGCUCCUGAGGAGGAGAUGCCAAAGGAUGCUACAAAGAUAAGCGUGGUGAAGGUCGUGGGAAGCAACAUCUCCCAUAAACUCCGCCUCUCCCGGGUCAAAUCGUCUGAUGAGGGCACCUACGAAUGCCGCGUCAUCGACUUCAGCGAUGACGCAGGCGCCCGUCACCACCGCGUCAGAGCCUACCUGCAGGUGGUGCCGGAGAGCAACAUCGUCAACGCUGACCACAAUGACAACUUCGAGGCCCUGGACGAUACCAAGAAAGGAGUGGCGUUCGUCGACGGGGAAGAGGUGGAGCCUCACGGUGGCGCCAAGGAGCACGCUCACGGCCAUCACCAGAAUCACGGGCACCACCAGGAGCACGGCAAGCGUCCCUCGUCGCCGGUCCACCAUGGCCACAGCCACAGCGGCAGCAGUCAGCAGCACAAGGCAGGCAGAGAGCUGAGGAAGAGGGACGUGGACAGUAACCACAGCCAAAAUGACUGCACCAACGAGCCCAGCUGCACGCUGUAGAUGUUGGCUCAUUCCACCUGAGCGAUAGAUUACACAAGGAUUGCGUAACAUGAUGUGUGUCACAGCGUAAAAAAGCUAUUCUUCCCACACAGAGCAGGCCUGUGCACAAAUCCAGAAUCCCUCAAAAUGUACAGUACGGCUCAUUCAGAGCACAGUGCUGUGAGCUGUGCUGGGAAAGUAGCUUUUUGUCGCUGUGCACCAGUUUGGGCUGCUCACUGUCUGUAAGGCCCGGCCUCACAUCAUUCAGCGAGGGGGGGCUGAUGUGUAGAUCUAAGCAGCUCCCCUGUUUCUGUUCUCAGCACCGACAAAAGACUCCUGUCUUACUAUUAACCCAUGCUCUCCUUGUACUUUAUAUACUGUACAUGACAUAACCCUGCGUUCACACUCAUUCUUCUUCCACUGCCUUACUUCUCUUCGCAUUUUAUACACCCUCUGAAGAAAAAAAAAAAAAAAAGUGCUAUACCUUUUGUAGCUGGGUUUGUGCUCGGUAAAAGAAAUGUUCCUUUUAUUCUGAGGGUGCGCAUAAUGAAACUAUCUGUAAUUAUUUCCUCAGCUUUUUACCAAGAGCCCAAGCUUCACUCCACCUUUCUGUGUGUUCAGAUUUUGGACAUGAAAAUGGUGCAAAAUCUGUAUACACUCAAAAGUCUGUUUACCUGCAGGGAGAGAGAAAUAUGCUUUAUUCAGCAGGAAUUCAUCAAGGUCCCAGAGCAGCAGCGCUCAUCAAGGACAGAUACGGCCUCGAUUCAUUUGAGUUGGAGUAAAAGCGGUGGCGGGGUGGAAAGUGUGGGAUUUAGUCCUCGUUCGCUCGCAAGUCAAACAAAACACAUCACAGGCUGUGUUUUUCCCCACAGCGCUUUUGAGCCUCUAAAAUUUGCAGCGCGACCGAAAAAUGUGAUUUUUGUCCCCCCCCCCCCCCCCCCCCACACACACACACACACACACACACACACACACACACACUCUUUGUGCUGCAGGUUCGAUCAAUUCAUGGCUGUUCAGGCGCAGAGAAAUCAAUCGAGUCGUUCCACGUAGACCCCACCUGCUUGGAAAGCCAUGAAAAGAUCAAAAUCUGCGAACACUAAAUUAAAAAUCUCAUUUGGCGUGCCUCUGAAUCCACUCUGCGACCAUAAAUCAACAGGAAGGAAUGGCGCAAGAUACUUUUUUCUGGAAGAGCGGUGCUGUAUCUAUCCAAGCUUAUAGCUCCCUCACUCUGAUGUGCUCAUCAAUCUUUUUUUUUUUUUUUU